CUGUGGUCCCUUUAUUAACUGCAGAGGGUAGUUCAUUCUAAUUGGUCCUGAAUUCUGUUUCUUUGCUGGGGGCCUCAGUCUCUGUCUGUUUCGUCUUCAAGUAAGACCCAAGAACUGUGCACGCGGUGGCUGCUACGUUGAUACCACAACACGACCAGUCAGAAGAUGAGCCUUCAUCGUUCCCGUCGUCCACCAAUUUUGCGCACAUGCGAUCACACUCAAGCGAAACGCAAACAAAAGACCGGCGAGCGUCAACCUGAUAUAAUCGAGGAGGAUGAAGACCUUGACCACGACAAUGACAGCUGCUCAGUGUCUAUAACCGAUCGCAGUGUCUCUCCAUGUUUAACAACACCACGCAAAGGAAAAGGGCCCCAGGAGAGAUCCAGGAGAGUCACAUGCCGUGAAGCGCAAAGCACUAGCACGUCUUCUUCUACCGCGUCGUCCGGCAGUCGUAGGAAGCUUGCAGGUUCUUCCAGAAGUAGUGGCCCUCGUAGCAGGGAGAAACAAGAGCAACUACAUCUAGCCGCUCAGUCGUGUAAGCGUAACAAGGGAACAAGAACAAGAGAAUGGAAAGCGGAUACAGGAGCACCAAAAUCGUCAAGUAACUUUCGCCACCUCAUGUACUCAGGAGAUAGAAAAUCCCCACGGAAAUCCUCUUGCGAGAACUCAGAGUGCGAUUCUGUGGCUUCUUCUUUUGCGGAGAUAAAACGACAACAUCAGCUUCUUGUUCAAGAACCAACGACAGGUCCUCCUGCCCAGGAUGAAGAAACUUUUCAAAGACCACCUAAAACUGACAUCCUGUCUUCAACGCAGAAGCACCAUAUUAUGGAUAUGGGGGAGGAUAUUUUUUGGACCACUACGACUACGUCGUCAACUUCAUCAAGUUUUGCCACUGCAUCUGCGGCAACUAAAACCAGUAGAAAGACCACGACGUGGGUGCUGCGUGGGAAGGAACAGCGCGAAGUCGAAACCCUCUACGUAAACCUUACCAUAAUGCAGGAAAGAGAGCUGCAAUUAUCGCUACAAGAAAUCCAUCUUCAGAGGCAUCUUGGUCCCAGAAGGAGUUUCCUGAAGAUGGGAACCAAGAGUAGUCUGAAGAUGGAUAUCUCUUAGUUCUAAUGCAAAGAGAGUGGAGAGACUGGCCUGUUCCAGGUCUCUUUGGGGUCGAUGGUGCGAAAACGAACAACUUAGAGAGGCUAAAUGCUGCGCUUCUCUAUCAUUAUGGUUGGAAUUGGUGAUAGAAUACAAGGAACAACAGUUACAGGCUCUUCCCUUAGGUACGAGCAUACAUCAGGAGCAUACACCAGGAACGUUAUAGUACACACUAGAAACAUACACUGAGUACAACUACUAGAAGAGACGCAGAGAUUUGCUACGUUGUUUAGUAUCCGCGACCACUACCAUGAAUGGGUACACUACUACUACUUCUACGCCUACACUAGUGGAUCUGGUCUCUCUCUCUCUGUGAAUCUAAAUAAUUCGGCAGUCAGCCUAGGAUUUCCCUAUAUGAAUUUUUUAGGGUCAGUCUCUAACUUUUUGCAGUCGCUUCAGCGGUGUUUUCAGGCUGUGCGGUUGGCGUGGCGAUGUGGGAGACGGAUUAUUAUAGUUCUUUUCCUCCACACGCACAAGAAGAUUUCUAUCGUACACAACAAGGUGGACCACAAGAGCAACAAGUAAUGCCGGUUGGUGCGCGAGACGUGGUGUAUAAUCCACAAGCACAAGCAUUGCCGGUAGGUAAAAUUCCUCAGGAGCAGACCUAUCCACUACGAGGCGGGCAAUCACAAGAUCAAGGGGAUGCAUUCCUAGCAGGAGGCAGAAGUACUAUAGGUAUGGCAGAGGGAAUGAAUUUUACGACUGUGAUAAGUGAACAGGCCAACGCCUAAACCACUAAGCCAACUGCUUCGCUUAUCAGAUUGUAACUUCUGCAAUACAAGAAUUGUCCACCCCUGAAUUGGUCUUAACAAGACUCAAUGGAGUACAAAAAUUGCUCACCUCUGUUUUGCCUGAUGUUUGGGAUUCUUGUAUAAUAAAAAUAUAUUACCGAAUGGACGGACGUUUCGUAUUUUUGUAUAGAGAAGAGAACGGAAAAAUAUUUUCUCUAGUUCAACAAUGACAAGAGCCAAGAGUAUGUAUUACUUCUCAAGCCCAGCUCGCUGUCUACUUCUAAAGACUACAAGCACUACGCACCGAGCAGAGACAAUAGGACAGACAAUCAAAGAGGGACGAAUUUAGCCCAUCACGCCUUUCUUGGUGGAAGAAGCAGGGACGCCUUCCUCGGAAAUUCAGUCGAUUCCUUGGAUAUUCCGCGGCUCUAUCUUAAGAAUCAGAAGAACGUGUCUGUUUGUAUUCCUCCGACUGAAGAGAUACUGAGUCGCGACUACUUCUCUUAGAGGUCCAAACAAUUCACUUCUUGGGUUCAUUUCUUCAGAAUCCCAAGACGGAAACAGAAAAAAAUGACAGCUGGAAAUGAAUUGUGUGUUGUUAAAUGCUCUAUCUUAAGAAUCAGAAGAAUGUUACUUUGUUCUCAUCGUAUCUAAUACCAGUAUCAGUAUCUUGUACCAGUAAACUUGUACCUUCACGUUUGGUUUUCCUUUUUUGGUCAGUUCCUACUUAGGAGGUUGGCCCCCCUACUAUUAUCUAUCAAAAAACCGAUACCGAAACCUCUAUCUUAAUUUUUUCUCCUUCACUCGCUCCUCCUCGACUUCUUCUUCAUUCCCGCCGUGCCUCUCCACGAAACGCAGCAAUUGAUAACGUUGAUUGUCGCGGCAAGGAUUGCUGGAUUUGCAGUGGUAGUUGCAUGCGCAACGGCAUGCGGAGUGCUUGCGUGGAAGGCGUAUGCGAUUCUGUGUAUCCUCAAGGACCUUGAUAAACAGAAUGUCAAAGAAGGGUGUCAAAGACGUAGUAGCACCAGAGGUGGUAGAAAUGAAUCUCCGACAGGAAAAAAGCGGCGGGCAGCUAAAGCUAGUGAAGCCGUGGAAGAAGUACUCUUGAAUAAAGUAGACGACCUAGAGGAGGCUCAUAGGAAUUAUAUGGCUGACGUUUAUUCCAUCUGUACGACCAGCGAGGCGCCCCUUGGUGCCCUACGUUUUUAAGAGGAAAAGGGUAGCCGUGAUGGUCUGGCUAAAUGGAAUGGACAUCAUUCAUAAGAAAUGAAGAAGAGCACUCCGCAGCGGCGAAAAGCGAGACGAGAAGCUCAACGAGCACCGUGGCACUGUUUCGAGAUUUCAGUCCGCCAAGAGCCAAACGCGUCGUUGAUCCGUUUCGGAAAGGAUUAUGGACAGGAGUACAUUAGUCACACUUUGAGCAGUAUCCUAACAGUAAGUGCAAACGAGUCACUUUGAUGAGCAUCUUCCGUAUUGUCACUUGGAUUGUAAAGUUGUCAAUUCCUUGCAGUAGUCGUACAGUGAGCAUCACAAUUCUCUACUUUGUUGGAUAAUCGUCGAUACAACUCAUAGUACCGUAGUUCUUUAUAUCACUAUUUAAGAUUUUGAUUUAUAAUUUGUUUAUUCUUAGUAGUAGUUAGUAGGAGGUCGUUUAGUUAGGUGCUGGUGUUGGAGGCUUAGGGCCGAACUCCCCGCUGCAUUGAUGAUCAUGACUUGCUGUUCAUUUACAGUAGAACAACUUCAUCGAAGAUACCUUCUGUUGAAAACAGUAGUAGAAGUUAAUUUGUCAUCCGUAGAGAAGUUCUACCUCUAAGAAGAUUUCGCGCAGAGGAGGAAAGUAGGGAAGCAGUCCUUGAUCAUAGGGAUGAAAGCUUAUUAUUUCAAGGGGAAGGGACGAUGCACAAGGAAGUCAUUUGGACACCAGCUCAGUUCCGUGAGUUGCGGGAAAUGGGCUUGCUCACUUCUUUGGAAGAUUGGCUUCAUUUAAGGCAAGUGCUACAGGGUGAUGAAGACUGGAUCUGGAAAUCCCGGGAAGUUUUUUCACAGCAUUAGAAAUCGGCGACUCAUCGUCACGACCUGCCCAAUCGUCAAGUUCUAGUGUGGACGAAGGCUUCCAGAAAAUAGUCUAGACUUCCCGUGAUCACUCUAACUCCAGACCGCAACAAUCGAGUGCUGGAAAACUACAACAUGUUUUCUGGUUUGAAACUUGGGGGAUCCUGCUCGAAAAAUGCUGGGGGGAGUCGGAGUCCUAAUAACCGUAGCACUGACCACGAGGCAUCAGUUCAAGCUCAACAACAUGCUGAAACAGGUAAAAAUUGUAGCAGAAAUCUUCGUAGUUGUACCGAGGCACCAACAAGUCAAGAACAACAUGAACAUGAAGACGAUGAGAACGAAGAUGAUGGGGAUGGAGCUGUCCUUCCGCAUGAAGCACUAGAAACAUGGCUGCACGCUGGUAAGAAGGAGACUGAUUCGAGGAGAACAUCGAAGACCGGAAACAUUUUUAAGGCUCUCGCGAAUUCAUCUCUCUUUAAGAGGUGCGUGUAUCUUUCUUUGACAACGCAUUUCUUGGCAAGGGGAUGAAAAGAGGUCAACGAUACACUCCUCUCCGAUGAAGAUUAUAGGGGAGAUCUAAAAACAAUAGCGGCUCCAAAAUAAAGACAGAUGCCUCCUCGAUCCGAAUCCCCUCUACCCCUUCCAGUAAUAUAGCGACAAAAACGUCGCGUACAAGUAGAAGUUGGCAACAACAGCAUCAAGGUACAACUACGACUGCUACUACCACAACUACUACUAAAUCUAAAGCUAGUACUGGCACAACAAGUCGUGCACCUGCACAAUCAAAUUCAGAGUCAAAACAGAACGAUUCUGCAGAUGUGAUGACCAGUAAGAGGAACGAGAAGAACGAUAGCGAUAAAAUAAAUAGUGCAGUUCUACAGCCUCGCGGGAGGCUUCUACGCAUAGCCGACAGCGCUACCAGGUUUGUCCGUCGAAGUCUCUCCCGCAAUCGCACACCUCUGCAGCAAUCCCGUUCCUCCUCUUCUGUGACACGUAUGCAACUUAAUGGGGAUAAAACUUCUAACUUGGAAAGAACAUCGGGGGAAAAUGAUGCUGCUCACUCAGAAGUAUUGCAUUGGCUAGACGAUAACUCAAGCCCAUGA